GUUGGCCUUGACCAAUAGAAGCGCAUCAUGGGUAGAACAGCGGCCAAUCAGCGUUUAGGGGCCCUAGGGCCGCGCUCCGAGCGGCCAGAGCGGCCAGAGGGCGAGCUGCGCGACGCAGCACGGCGGGGAGGUUUUGGUAUGAACAGGAUUCGGAUUCACGUCUUGCCAACGAAUCGGGGGAGGAUCACCCCAGUGCCCAGAUCACAGGAACCCCUUUCUUGUUCGUUUACUCACCGCCCAUGCUCUCAACCGCGUCUGGAGGGGCAGGAGUUUUGCAUCAAGCAUAUUCUUGAAGACAAGAAUGCACCCUUCAAACAAUGUAGUUACAUAUCGACGAAGAAUGGAAAACGGUGUCCCAGUGCUGCCCCCAAGCCCGAGAAGAAAGAUGGGGUGUCUUUCUGUGCCGAACAUGCUCGAAGGAAUGCCCUAGCACUUCAUGCUCAAAUGAAGAAGAACAAUCCAGGCCCUAUGGGUGAAACCCUCUUGUGCCAGUUGAGCUCAUAUGCUAAAACAGAGUUGGGCUCUCAGACACCAGAGAGCAGUCGAAGCGAAGCUAGCAGGAUACUGGAUGAAGACAGCUGGAGUGAUGGGGACCAGGAACCCAUUACUGUGGAUCAGACAUGGAGAGGUGACCCUGACAGUGAAGCUGAUAGCAUAGACAGUGAUCAAGAAGAUCCCCUAAAACAUGCUGGUGUCUACACGGCUGAAGAAGUGGCUCUUAUUAUGAGAGAAAAGCUAAUUCGUUUGCAGUCUUUGUACAUUGAUCAGUUUAAACGACUACAGCACCUACUCAAAGAGAAGAAGCGCCGAUACUUACACAAUCGAAAAGUGGAACAUGAAGCUUUAGGUAGUAGUCUCCUGACUGGCCCAGAGGGACUUUUAGCCAAAGAAAGAGAGAAUUUAAAGCGACUAAAAUGUCUUAGACGAUAUCGUCAACGCUAUGGAGUAGAAGCCUUACUGCACAGGCAGCUAAAGGAACGCAGAAUGCUGGCCACAGAUGGGGCUGCUCAACAGGCUCAUACCACUCGCUCCAGUCAGAGGUGCUUAGCUUUUGUGGAUGAUGUUCGCUGCUCCAAUCAGUCUCUUCCAAUGACCAGACACUGCCUUACCCAUAUUUGCCAGGACACAAAUCAGGUUCUCUUCAAAUGCUGCCAGGGGUCUGAAGAGGUACCCUGCAACAAACCUGUUCCUGUAAGCCUUUCUGAGGACCCCUGCUGUCCACUGCAUUUCCAGUUGCCUCCUCAGAUGUAUAAGCCCGAGCAGGUACUGUCUGUGCCAGACGAUCUGGAAGCCGGCCCCAUGGAUCUGUACUUGAGUGCUGCCGAGCUUCAGCCCACUGAGAGUUUACCACUGGAGUUCAGUGAUGACUUGGAUGUUGUGGGUGAUGGUAUGCCAUGCCCUCCAUCACCUUUGCUCUUUGAUCCUUCACUAACUCUUGAAGAUCAUUCCGACAAAGAAAUUGCUGGAGGCCCAGGCCAGAUGCAGGUGGCUGGGGAUAGGUGCAGAUCCCAGGUACCUCGAAAUUUAGAGAAAGCCUGCGCAUCAUUCCCUCAGCGUGGAUUGUCUACUGCAAAUGGAAAACCAGAACCUACUUCUAUCAGUUGACAGUUCAGUCUGGAAAUUUUUUGACUUUGGUGGAUCUGAACUUACAGUUCUUCAAACAGUAUAUCUCUGAUCAUCUCUCACUAAGCAGGGACAACCCAGAUUACAUUGUUUUUCUUUGGGGCUAUAGAGUGAUAUAUUUAUGAGGAAUAAAUCUUUAGUGUUUAAGUUAUAGGAUUCUUUUCAAGGAAGAGAGUGUGGUAGUCCCUGCCUUUGGGAUGGAAUGAAUAUUGGAGACUAUUCCUGAGGAAAAGACGUUUUUGUGAUGGGAUUUCCUAAGCCUUGGAUGAAAUCUAGGCAGGGGCUGCAGUCAGGAAUGGAACUCUUUGGGUGCUGGCUGUUCAGUGUCUGGCUAUCUGUAUCUAAAGGCCUGUGUUUAAGUCUUUCCUCAGCCCCACAUAACUGGGCAAUAGAAACCCCUCUUUCUAGUGACUGAAAAGAGCUCACAGGUCUGUGCUAUCCUUCCUGCUUUUAACUUAUGUAAAUGUCUGGUGGAUUCCCCCAUGUAAAAUAUAGUAAAAUUAUUGUAUAUAGUUUCUAUUAAAUGUUAAAAUGUUAUGGAAAUGUAAA